AAACUAUAAUUGCUGCUUCCACGAUCCUUGCCAUUUGAAGUGGAACAUCUCAUUUACUUCAUUCCUCUUCCAAUGCGAGAACAAAAAAAACUCUUUGUUUAUCUGAUUGUUCUUCCUUUUCUAUCUGUGUCUGAUUGAUUAUGAGUUCUUGAUUUUGACCAGUUUUUGUCUGUCUAAAAACAAAAACAAAGAUGGCAUUGAAGCUUAAAGAGGAGGAAUGACAAGGAACAGAGUUACAAGUCACAAAAAAUGCGAACUCUUUGCGAUGUGUGUGAGAAAGCCGCUGCCAUCCUCUUCUGCGCCGCCGACGAGGCUGCUCUUUGCCGUGCCUGCGAUGAAAAGAGACCAAAUGAAUUCCAUUGGGUGUUGCUGAGUGUCUUGAGAUCAUUUUUCCCAGUCAACAUACUCUUCUUGGCUAUGGUCCAUUUGUGUAACAAGCUUGCUAGUAGACAUGUAAGAGUUGGGCUUGCUGACCCCUCUGAUGUCCCACACUGUGACAUAUGUGAAAACGCACCAGCUUUCUUUUACUGUGAGAUAGACGGCAGCUCCCUUUGUCUCCAAUGUGAUAUGAUUGUACAUGUUGGUGGUAAAAGAACCCAUGGGAGAUAUCUCCUGCUGAGGCAAAGAGUUGAGUUUCCAGGGGAUAAACCCAGCCGUUUGGAGGAACAAGGGUUGCAACCAUUCGAUCCAAAUGGAGCAAGAAAGGAGCAGAUUCAGCCACCUAGGCUCACGACGAGAGAGAAUCAGCAGAAUCACAGGGUCGCCCCUAUUCGAGUGCUGGACAACAACAUUGAUGGUGAUGGCAAGAUGGAAAACCAAAUGAUUGAUCUUAAUACUAGGCCCCAACGGGUACAUGGACAAGCUUCAACCAACCAGGAACAGGGUAUGGAUGUUCCAAAUGGCAUUGAUCAUGAAUCUGCAAGUGUCGUUCCUGUGGGAUCCUUCGAAAGAGAGCCUAAAAAGUGUUUCUGGAAAUGUUUCAUAGGCAUCUUUCCUGUUGACUCAACUAAUGGCAUGCAACAACCUUCUUUAUACAGUUCUUCCAUUUUCUCUGGGUUAGGUUUUGUCUGUUACAUUCCUUGUGCCGAUGUACAUCAGAUGGAGAUUUAACUGAAAACAAAUAGCAGUAUUUUGCACAAAAAAUUAUGAUAAAAACCGAUUUGUUAA